AUGGCAAGUCCAACUCAGCGUAUGGUCUUGAACACCCUCUUCGGUGGCACAAGAUUCUGGGUCUCAUACAAUGUGCCUCAGCGCACCAGAUUCAAAGAAAUGAUUGAGGAACAUGGUGGUAUCGUUGUGCUCUUGGAGACACAUGCAAAUGUCAAACUGGUCGAUCACACAAAGAAGAAUCUGCCCUCAGACGUAUAUUCUUAUCAAUAUGUAGAACGCUCUGUCCGUAACGGAAAGCUCGAAAAUCUGGAAGAUCAUCGGGCUGGUCCCUCUGCCCAGCGACCGAUGGGCGCAUCACACAUACCCCAAAAAAGGACCAGAACAGAAUUUACCUUGAAAGAUGAUCAAAUUCUCUUUGAUUACUUAAAUCCCUAUGAAUUGGUAGAGAAUGCACCAAUUAGUGGCCACAGGAUCUACCAAGCGCUAGCUGAAAAGUUUCCUCAGCAUACAUAUCAGUCAUGGCGCAAUCGGUAUCUCAAAAGUCUACGUGGGAGACCUCGACCCGGAGGUGGAGAGCCAAGGUCAGACGUGUUGGAUGAAAUCGACCAGUCACGACCAAGUUCCACAACGGCAAAUGAAAGGGCACCUAGUGCGAAGGAACCCAAGGUGGCAGAACCAGAGCCAAAGCGUCGAUCAACUUCAGAUCUGACACGCAAUCCUGAGGUAUCCGUUGAAAUAAUAACCUCCAGAGCACCCAAGGGACGGCCAGAUACACCAAGUAACUCCAAAAGCAAGCGCGAGAGGCCUGUUGACUCGCCCUCACGUCGGCGCCGCGACUCAGGGCCACCAUCCGCAAAAAAGGCGAUCCUAAUGACACCCGAAGCAAUCAACUCCAUUGUUCGAACUAUUUCGAACCCCCGACCAAAUCAGCACAAAUCUCCAUCAAAAUCUCCAUCAAAAGCUUGUCUACCCCCAGUUGAUUCCGAGACACGGUCACCCUCUACAACCUCACAAUCUCACAAGAAACAACCCAGCCAGCCGAAACCUGACACUGCUACUCAUCCCACACCAACGCCAAACUCACCCACACUAAUUCAAAGUUUCUUUAUAGCAUUGAAGGAACAAGGAGAUAUUGUUAUUGACCCUCUAUUUUCUGAGCUGCCACUUCCUGAAGUGAGCUCAGAAUCAGAGGUUGAAGAGACUGAUCAGGAAGACACAGAUUUGGACACCUGGAUUGAUUCUCAGCUUUCACGAGGAAUAGAAUUGGCAACCGUGGGCGAGGUAUUACGACGUACUAGUAUGAAUCCAGAAUACGCCAAGCCUGUGCUGGACCGCUGUGUUGCGGGGGAAGGGAUUCCAAAUGAUAUGCCCGGUGUAUGGUCAGCAGAAGACGACAAAAAGCUCGAUGGAGCCGAUGGGCGUGAUAUCCAAGCCUUGAUUGACAAACAUGGCAACGACUCGGUCAACGCUAGGUGGGAAUACCUUCAUUUUGCUCGCAAGCAAGGUAUCCUGUGA